ACCGUUUUAGCUCUAAUAGGCGGAAUUACUCCCGCAAAACACUGGUUAGCUGGUUCGGCAAACCCGAGAAAAACCAAAACCAAACAGAGACAGAAAAGGAAAGGGACGCAAUAUUAGCGCUGAAAUCGAGUGUGUACCAUUAAAGCCAAUCACUCACUCAUUCCCUCUCCUCCCCCCGCUCCUUCUCUCUCUUCUUCUCACACACUAGUAGAGUGCAGCCUUUCAUGAUAAGGGAGGAAGUUUUGGUUGUGUGAGUGAGAGACUAGUCUGCUGCUAGCCUGCUACUAGUGGUUGGUUGGUUGGUUAUGGUGGUGCUAGUGGUGGUGGAGCUGGUGACGUCACACCGGCUGCUUUUGCCGCUCUGGCUCGCCACUCGCGUGCCCUUCUUUAUCGCUGUCAGAUCUCUCACCCUCAGUCGUCUAGUCUCCUCCCUCUGUUUUCGUCUCUCUCUCGCUCUAGACCUUAAGACUUUCUCUCUCUAGGGUUGUGCCUAUAACACUUUGCCUUGGAGUUUGAGUCGUCGUCUUCGUCCCCAGCCUUUCUUUCAUUCUCUCUCUCGCAUUUAAUUUAGUUACAAGGAAUAUAAAUUUUCCUUUUUUUUAAAGACUAUUGUGUCCUUUUUUACUAUCCCAAGGUUUUAGAGGAGGAGAUGCGUCGAAGACGAAGCUCGGGGCUCAGGUGGUGGACUUAAGAACACAAACACACAUUAUGAAGAGCUUCGGUUUGAGGCAAUGGACAGUGCUAUUUGUCAAUGGAUAUGAAGGAGAGGCAGCGUUGGAGACCUGAUGAGGAUGCAUUGUUGCGUGCAUAUGUGAAACAGUAUGGACCAAGGGAGUGGAACCUUGUAUCACAGCGCAUGAACACACCCCUCAACAGGGACGCCAAAUCUUGCUUAGAAAGGUGGAAGAAUUAUCUAAAACCAGGCAUCAAGAAAGGAUCUCUUACGGAAGAGGAGCAGCGCCUUGUUAUUUGCCUCCAAGAGAAACACGGUAAUAAGUGGAAGAAAAUCGCUGCUGAAGUCCCUGGUCGUACUGCUAAAAGAUUAGGCAAGUGGUGGGAAGUGUUCAAAGAGAAGCAGCAGAGAGAACAGAAGAACAACAAGACGGUUGUUCAGCCUAUCGAGGAGGGCAAGUACGAUAGGAUUCUUGAAACUUUCGCUGAGAAGCUAGUCAAGGAGCGUCCAGCCCCAUAUCUCAUGGCCACUUCCAAUGGGACCUUUCUUCACAACGAAGCGUCUCCAGCACCGCCUAUGCUUCCUCCCUGGCUUUCAAACUCAAAUGUUACCUCAAACGUCAGGGCACCAUCUCCUUCUGUUACUUUGAGUCUGUCACCUACAGUUGCAUCCUCUCGAGCCUCUCCUCCAAUCCCCUGGCUGCAGCCUGAUAGAGGACCCGAAAACAGUUUUGCACUAAACAAUCUGCCUCCUCCUAGUUCAGUGCCUUGUGGAGAAAAUUUCGUGAUAUCUGAGUUGAUGGACUGCUCAAGAGAGUUGGAGGAAGUGCACCGUGCUUGGGCAGCACAUAAAAAGGAAGCGUCAUGGAGGUUAAGAAGGGUAGAGUUGCAACUGGAAUCGGAGAAGGCUUGUCGAAAGAGGGAGAAAAUGGAUGAGAUUGAGGCUAAGGUGAAGGCUCUAAGGGAAGAGCAGAAGGCUGCUCUGGAUAGGAUCGAAUCAGAAUACAGGGAACAAAUAGCAGGACUAAGGAGAGAUGCCGAAAUGAAGGAGCAAAAGUUGGCUGAUCAAUGGUCUGCGAAGCAUAUGCGUCUCACUAAGUUUCUUGAGCAGAUGGGCGGCAGACCCAGGCAUGCUGAGCCUAAUGGCCGGUGAGAAAUGCAGUCAUAACUCAUCUAGAUUGUAUGAGGCCUGGGCUUAUAAUUUAUUUUUAUCCUCCUCUUCUUUCAACUCGUGUGUAUCCUCUUCUGAAAUGCUCUCUAUAGGUUCCUAAUUACGUGUACUCUCUUCGUAUUGCCUGGACUCGGAUGAAUAUAAUGUCGUAUUUAACCUACAA